AUGUCGACAUCAUCUCAAGCUUGGAAGUCGAAGAAGCUUGGAGUGCCCAUGAUGGAUGGAAGGGCAGCUCAGAUUGCAAAGGUCAAGAGGUGGGAUGGAGCUGCGAGGUCAUGCAGUGACUGGGAUAACCUCAGGAGGGAUCCGGAAUUAUGGUUCCGUGGUGGUAACUGUUUUGUGCAUUUGUAUGGCAAGGGACAGUCGAGAAGAGGACCAGCAUUCAAGGUGCCGUUCGGUGCCUUACUUUCCGCAAAAUGUCAUCCGUUCGUCGGGAAAUUCAUGUCCCGCGACAUGCCUGAAUCUCCAGGGUCAUUUCACGACCCGUACGAGGACCUCGACAGAUGGAACGCCCUGAAUCCUCACGAGAGGAUCGAGCUUUAUAUCCCGGCUCCCCCCAUGGCCGACAAGGAACAGGCAUUUGCUUACCAUUUGGCAACGCGUAAUUUCUUUGCGUGGAUCUUCAGGCGGUCGGUUGUCGGAGAAUAUCUGGGAAGCGCCCUCAUCGGACUCAUGAACAGCAUGGCAGAAUUCAGGAGCAACGGCGAAGACCACAUGAUGGAUCUUCACUCUUACUUGGAUGAGGAGGGCUACCUGGAUUUAAAGGGCCAUGCGCACCACGCCUUGGCAAUCUUGCAUCUGGCGGAGUUCUUCCAGGUGCGGGACAUGUACAUUGACGCCUUCAGUCAUUGCGUUGGAAUGAGCGAGGAGCUCUUUUGCAGCCCGGAAUACCAGCAUAUCAGCUCCAUCUCCCGUACUCUUAUUCGCCGAGCCCGCGCAGACAUGAACAACCGGCUGAGUCUGGCUGGUAGCAUGUUGGAAUCAUUCCUCGAGGACGAACUCUCCGAAGCAAAUCUCGGCCUCCCAGCCGGAGGCCGGGCACAUCUGGACCGAUUCCGUUCCUUCGUACUCUCAUUCUACCAGACACGUCUCGGCUAUUUCCCGCCGCUCUCACUCGAUUCGCGAAGCACGAUAUUUGACCCGGAGAUUUUCGAAAUCCUACGAAAGGACUUCCGGGCAGUGUACGACCUGCUUGUGGACGAGAGCUUCACCUCAGACGACAGCAGUCCCUUGCUUGCCCAGGGCGGAAUUUGCGCUGUGCAAAGCGUGCAAUCGUUUGAUGAGAGAUGCGACUAUCCUUCUCUCAAGCACCCUCUACCACUAUUGCCCGAGAUCGACGAUGACAAAGCAUCGCGGCGCAUGUCUUUGGCAUGGCUGGCCAACACCGCCCGCGGAGACAAGCUCAAGCCCGACCAUCGCCUCCUUGCACACGCCGCCUUGAUCAAGGCGAUGAACGUCCGCGACUCGGAAUUGCUUGAGAACGACUUUGUUCGGGCGUAUCGCAAGUUCGAGGAAGACUCUGUCAUGCCACACACCAAAACCGACAAGACAGAAAAGAUCAAUCCGGUCGAUGCACGCAAGGUGCGAUGGAUCUUGAUCUACGCCGUUUACCAGGUCCUUCGCAACUGCACAUCGCCUCCCCUCGAAGUUCGCGACUCAGCCGACGCUGACUACCAUCUGGCUGUCUCCACCGAGCAACUGCCCCCUUGGAAGAAUGGCCGUGGCGGCCUAAAGCCGCUUCUUCAGACCCCGAUGAACUUCAUUCCUAACAUGCAGCGUUCUCAGUCUGUCUCUCAAUGGAGCUCAGAGAACCCGAUCUCCCCUGCUCUGGUCUCGCCGAGCAUUGUCAUCCAACCGGAUAUUGACUACACCGCCCAGUCACGCCGUGAAGAACUCCUCGCCCGGAGGCAAACCAUGGGUGGCGCCCCGGCCGUACCGCCCAGAUCACGCAGCCGCAGCUUGUCCCGCAACAGCCCCUUUCGGAGAACACUUAGUAUUUUUCGCAAGCACGAGGACGAAGCUACACCAACCCCCCGGAAAGCAUCCUACUGCGAGAUCGUGGUUCACGGUUACGGUAACGGCACUAAUGCCGUGAAGAAGCUUGCCAACCGCCUCAUCGAGCCGCCCGAGCUGUCUCCCUGCACCGUGGCGCCUCGUUCAUUCUCAACCUCUUCAGAGUCCAGCGCCAUAUCAGAGGCAUCGGCCGGCGGCAUCAGCUAUGCUACCGUCGACUCGACGGCACCGCCGACCUCGCCCGACGCGCCGGACAAGGCCUGGCCCAACCAAGAGUCUCCGAUGUUGAGCCCCAUUCCCCUUCGUGGGCGCCGGCGUGUCAGGGACGUCCUCUCCUUUGUCGGGACCCCGCGUGCCAGCUCUUCGGAAUGGUCCACUACCAGACGCCACAGCGUCAUUGGGGCAGGCAGUUACGCCCACGACUACGAGGAGCUCAUCAAGGAGCAGGAGGCAGAGUUCCACCGCCACGAGCUGGAGCCCCUCCCGCUGCAGAUUCGCAAGACAUCGGCACCGCUGAGCCUCGAGGCUAUGGUUGAGGAUGCUGAUGUCAAGCCCGAAUGGGAGCAGUACAAAGACCUUGGCGGGCUUACCAGCCUGUCGCCGCUGAACAUCUAA